CAAGCUUGUGCUCUACUUUGAUGAAUUUGGUGUGUGUAACCCUCUGCGGAAGAAAGCAUCUGAUUAUAGUCUGGGUGGUUGCUAUUUUGCGGUCGAUGAGGGCUUGUCAAUGUCGGUGCUGAGUGACAUUCAUCUCCUCCUACUAUGUCCUACAAAACUCAUCAAGCUUCAUGGUUUGAACACAGUCAUGAAGCCUGUGACAGAUUCCCUGUGUGACCUCUUGAACAAUGGCCUGGAUACUUGUGGCACUCAUUUUGAUAUCAAAGUGGAGUUUGUGUGUGGUGACAACCUGGGAGUGCAUAAGAUGGCGGGCUUCCAGGAAUCAUUUUCGUCAGGGCAGCGACCAUGCCGAACAUGCCACGCCACAAAUGAGGACUUUGGUACAAAGCUCACAGAGCAAGAGCUGACCCUUCGUACUGAGGAGGAGUACCAAGAAGAGCUGAACAUGUGUGAGAAUGGAGACAAUGAGGAAUCUCGAAAAGCAUUUGGUAUCAACUCAAAAUGUGUGUUUGAUGAGCUGAAAGACUUUAAGGUCACAGAGAUGUUUCCACCAGAUAUCGCGCACGAUCUGUUUGAAAGUGGCGUAGUCAAUCAUUCCUUGGCUCUGGUGCUAUCAUACCUGAUUUUUCAAAUCAAACUCUUCACAUUCGCCUCAGUUCAAAAGGCUAUGAAAUCCUUCUCAUAUGCGAGAGUCGACAAAGCGAACACUCCUCCCAUGCUUCAAGCAAAGGGGCGCAAAGUGCUCGUCAAAGGCACUUUCAGUCAGUGCUGGACUUUCCUCCGAGUUCUCCCUUUCAUGAUCGGUCCACUGGUCCCACCAGAUCAAAAGGCGUGGCUUCUUGUGACCGGUUUGCUUUCUCUUGUACAACUCAUUUGUGCUCCACGUAUGGACGGUGAAAUUCUUGCAAGAAUGCAACCUUCAGUAGAGCAGUGGCUGCGUGAGUUCUGUGGAAUGUUCCCGGACUUCAAAAUCAAGCCGAAGUUCCACUACUUAUUACAUUACCGGCACUGGGCAGCACAAAUUGGUUCCUUGAGGAAAGCUUGGACUAUGCGUUUUGAAGCUAAACACCAGCAGUUCAAGAUCUACGCAUCUCGAGCACACAACACCAAGAACAUUUGUAAAACCCUCGCAGUGCGACACCAAGAAGCGGUAGCUGCAUGCGAAGGAAAGCAAAAGAAGAUGAUGGGGAAGAAAUGCAAGCCAUGCCUAGUUACAGGUGCAUUCGGAUGGGAGGUGGAUGACCGAGCUACGUACACCAAGAUGGCAGUGCUUGCGGGACAGAAGUACUGCGUCGAUGAUGUGCUGAUCGUGAGAAACCCGGCUGCUUCAAGCUCAGAGAGCUGUGAUCUUCUUCGCGUAGCAUAUUUUCAGUUUGAUGCAGUAAACCAUGUCAAAAUCAUCGGUGACGUCUUGAGGGCGCUUUCGUUUGAUGAGCACUAUAUGGCAUACCGUGUGACUAAGGGCGAGAUGAUGAUGAUCCCUUCUGCUUGGAUUUUUGACCCCACUCCGCUGGCUACUUAUUCAGUGCAGACCGCAAAAUACGUGCCCCUCAGGUACCAGAUACCAGGUCUCCGAAUCACCUCUGAAAGCGGUCAACGAUGAAGGCGCUAGUAAACCAUCGAAGUGCUGCGCGCGUCUUCGAAUUCGAGUCUGUCCUGGACCUUGUUCAAAAGGUUCGAGCGUUCUUCGGUCUGCAGGGUGGCGAAUGGGAUCUGGAGAUCUAUGAUGACGACUGGUCCUCGUGGGUCCUGCUGAAUGAGGAAGAUGCGAUAACUGGUGCUCGGCCUCGCAUCAGGACCGUCAUGCGUGGCGAUCUGGUUGUUCUUGAAAGCACUGGGACGACAUCCACUUCGUCAGUGGUGGUUUCGCAGCUGGAUACACCGGAGCCUCCAACGUCGCCCGAACUCCGUCGAUCAGGGGAAGACGCAGAGAUCCGGCCGAAGUCGGGAAGCGACGCUCUGGCCGAAUCUCAACAAACCGCAGGAGUGUCUCGGAUGGAUACUAUGGAAGUCCUGGAUGCCAUGGAAGUGAUCCGGUUUGACGACAGCCAGCUGAGACCUGGACUCCUCGAAAAGCUUCGAAGCAAAAAGCCCGGCUCACCUCUGACCAGGACGGAGUGGAGCGAAGUGACGACAGUCAUCGUGACGUUCGAGAAAGCUUGUAACAGCGUCCUGAACCUUACUCAUGCUCGGUACAUGGAGCUGGCUGACCGCGCCCUUGUUCAAUGGCCGGCGCUGCACUUUGGGUGCAGCCCGAAACAGGCACUGUCGCAGGUCAAAGCAAAAAUACAAUGGCGCGUAAGGAAUGAGAAGCGACGAGACGACGGAAGUGAUGCCGAACUCCAAGCGUCAUCAAAGAGGUUGUCACGCGGAAAAACAUUCAAGGGAUCGCGAUAUGAAGGAUUCGAAGGCUACAAGGAGUACCUUCCGCCUAUGCCGGAGGAAGACGUUCAGCAUCUGAGAAACCGCCUCUUGAAGCAUCUACACGAGGCUAACCUGACGAGCGAAGGCAAAGCUGAGCGAGAGGCCCUGAUCAACUCGACGUUCGCAGACAGGCGCAGGCAUGUGGUGACGCUCCGCACCAGCAUGCGCAAGCUUUUGGAGCUGUAUCCAAUCUUGCGGAACCCAGACGAAAUCUGGCGUGAGCUGGCCAAACUGGAGGGGGAGACGGAGUCGUCUAAGCUUGGUGACUACAGGCGCCGCCUGAGCGACUUUCUCACCGCCAUCCAACUGAUCACAGAAUGUCAAGACACCGACUGCGUGGAGUCUCUCCUCUACUACCUAGACGCGAACCCCGAGGACAUCUUUGAGGGAUCAGGAAGCGCGCCGCACUACCAGGUCAACGACGACGGGUCCAUCGGCCUUUUCGUCGAGGGGGUCUGCUUGACAAGGUCGGUGGACCGGAGCAGCAAGGCUGAUCUCCUGCUUCUGUGGGCAGCGAUUUUCCCAGUGUUCAACCAGAAGUGCCCCGUGUCUAAGGCUAAGAACGCUCUGAUAUUUAUCACGGUGAACAUCUUUGAAAAGGGGGGCAACCAAACUCUUUCCAACCGUGUCCUGGGACGAGUCCAGCGUCUCAAGCAGCUCUGUGCGUAGCUCUGUGAGUAGCUUAGAACGGAACCUGAGAACGGAACGCCUUUGCCGCUCGGCUGUUAACACUUUCAAACCGUGUGACACGUCCAGCGUCUCGAGCAGCUCUGUGAGUAGCUGAGCACAGAACUUGAUAACGGAAUGUCUUUUCCGCUCGGCAGUUAACCCUUCGAACCGCGCCCUGGGACAUGUCCAGAGUCUCAAGCAUCUCUGUGCGUAGCUCUGUGCCUAUAGCUUAGAACGUAACUUUAGAACGGAGCGCCUUUGCCGCUCGGCAGUUUCCUACAGAAGAUUACUUUUUUAGGUUCAUUUUUAGUACAAUAAGAGAAAUAUUACUGUAUGCAGUUGUAAGCUUGCUGAAAGGAGCUUGAAUGCAGUUUUGAAUAAACAUGUUUGAUGAGUUUAA